UGGUGGUACAUAUAGUUUAGGGUGAUUGUUUAGUAUAUGUAUGUGUUCUUCUUAUAGGUGUAAAAUAUCAUUGGAAAUGAUUCAUCUUUUUGUUUAUCUGGCUUAUGAACUUGUAAUCUGACGCUGGGGGCUGCUUCAUGGAAUGUUAUGAUACGCCGUUUUCGCAGUUUCUGUUAGCACGCCGGUUAUAUGUUAAAUAUAUUAAUCUCAGUUGUUGGAUUCGAAAUGACGAUGGUUAAAUGUUAAUGUGCUGUGGCAGUGACUUCAUCAAAACAUGUGGCAUUCACGAUUUGUGUGUUCCUGAAAACCUGACUGAAAAUAUUGCAUAAUGGGUAUCCAAGACUUGCAAGCUUUUAUUGAUAGUUCACAAAUACCAGGCAGUUCAGUGCCCGUGGAUUUAUUGAGAAUUGCCCGGGGAUUGGCAGUGAAACAGAGUCGACAGCAGCAAAAGACUGGAAAACCAUUAAACCAUGUUAAUAGCAAACUGAGUCUUGUAGUGGAUGGGGAGUGCUGCUUGCAUCGCCUUUAUGGUGGCUACUUCUCAGAUUGGGUCUGUGGUGGCCAGUGGAAUCGAAUGGUCCAAUUCUUAGCCAUUUUGGUCCAGACAAUACAAACUAACAACAUUGAAUUAGCAGUAUUUUUUAACGGGUGUUUGGAACAGCAACGAAUGAAUGAAUGGAUCACGUCCCAACUUCGCAUUAGGCAAAAGAUUAAUCAGGUUUUGAAGCACAUAAAUAUAAAGGGAACACCACCACCUAAAGUAUGGUGGGCAGCUCCAAGUUGUUUGAGGACGUGUCUUCGUAUGGCUCUGAGGCAUCUUAGUAUCAGUGUUUUAUGUACUAUGGAUGAUCAUCAUCAAGAAGUGAUUGCCUAUUGCCGAGAAAAUUGUUUUUACGGGUUGAUGGCUGACGAUGGGGAAUAUGCAGUGUUUGAUCCGCCGCGAUACUUCUCUUCAGAACAUAUAAAACUUACAUAUAAGGGAUCACUGGAGACCAAGGAAUACAUUUUGAGUGAAGUCACGAAAGGCUUGGGUCUUAGUUCUGAUCGUUUAUGUGUUGUGGCUGCUCUUCUGGGAAAUUAUUUGUUGCCUGAACAAGAUCUAUUAGAAUUCUACCAUAGACUAGGGUUGGUGCAAAGCUUGGGAAAGAUUCCUGUUGAUCCUUUAGUGAAGACAGUUGCAACCUAUGUAAAGGGACUGCCAUCAGUUGAGAACUUGGAUACAAUUGCAGCUCAGAUUUUUGGUUCAACUACAGAUCCUAGAGUUUCUAGAUUCAAACAAAGUGUGCAGUACUAUUUAAAUGGAACAAAAGAUGGGUUCUUAAGAUACAGAACACAGGCAGCCCACCACCGACAUGGUUAUUCACAAUUUCCUGCACAAAAGAUUUCCCCCCAUCAAAACAAAGGAAAACAUGUAGAUCAAGUGGACAACUCCAAAUUUGCCUCAGAGACUGUGGAAAGUGAGCGUGACAGUUUGCAGGCAUACAAUGAAGCUACAGCAAGUUCUGCAGGGACACCACAGAUUGUAAUUGAACCACCUGGCAUAGUGCCUGAUGAUAAAAUGAAACCGAAUGGUUCAGCUGUCAUUGAUGGCUCUGAAGAAGAGACAGGCACUAAAUCUGGUACCAAUUCAGUUAGUACUGUCAAUGGAGGACACUCGGGAACUCUGAUUAUUAGUGUGUCAAGCUCCAGUAGUAGCUCAAGUGCCACAUCUCCUAGUCGUACUCCUGAGAACAAACGGAUGACAAAUCAAGAGGAUUCCCCAAUAAAAUCUGUGACUUUACCUACUGUACCACCAGAAGUUAUGCGGACUGCUAGUGAAAGACACCAGAAAGGCCUUAUGUCACCAUAUAUAUAUCAGAUUUUGACUCAGGGUGAGAUAAAGUUGCCAGUGCUGAUGGAAGAUGAGAAUCACAAAGAUUUGCCAAGCAUACACUUGGUAUUCCGCCCUGUACGACAGAUGGUCUAUGCAAUUCUUUUCAAUCUCCACCAUUAUAUAUAUAUGGCAAGCAAGCAGAAAGAGAAAGGAGAUGAAGAAAAGGUUGAAGUACCAGAUAUUUGCAUAAAAGAAUGGAUAUGGUCAAAAAACAAUCAGUAUCAAACUCCUGACUACGUUCGAGCAGAACAGGUUGGAUGGGGUGUACCAACAAUCCAACGACUCUGGUUUGGGUCUGCUAUAGAUGACAAAAGGAGACGACUUAGAGCAUUUUUGACAUGUAUGCGGUCUGACACACCGUUAAUGUUGAAUCCUACAUAUGUACCACAGCAUUUACUCGUUAUGGCAUCCGUUUUGCGAUUUAUUAUGUCUCACCCAGAAAAAAUUUUGUUGCAUAAAAUUGAAUUGGAUGUCUUCAUUGCACAAGCAUUUUCACCUGCUCUUAUGAAUGCACACCAACUGCAGGAACUACAGUUGCCGAUGGUUACAAGUAGAGGAGUCCAACUGGCAGCACUUUUCAUGCAGGGGGUCGAAACAGCGCUGUUGGCUAACGAUGCUUGUGGAGCACCAAUACCUUGGUUGAUGUGUUGCCCAUGGUUAUUUUUUGAUGGAAAACUCUUUCAUCACAAACUUGCGAGAACUUCUACAGCUAAAAGCCUUCUCGAUUUAUGUGAACAUCGAUAUGAAUAUGUUUUGAAAGUAGAACGUAUGCGCCAAGCAAUAUUAGAAGGCCUUGAUAUAGACUAUUGCAUAGCAUCUGUGCAGACACAACUAUCAGGUAUGAGGGUUCGUCUACCACCUAACAUAGCAUCCCCACCUGGAGUUAUACCACCACCAGUUCGAGCAAUGAAUGCAAUAAAUGUUCCUGAGCGUGUUUAUGCACCACGUGGGCUUUUCCGCCGUACAGUGCCUAGUAGAGGUGGUCAAUUGGAGAUAGCAGGAGUGGUGGUAGGCAGCUGGGGACCUAAUUAUGGGACACGUGGUGUUCCACAAGCAACUGGUUCCUUUACACCCCACAGGCCAAGCGGUGGCCGUGUUGUUCCGCCACAGGUCACUUCUGUGGGUGGCCCAAAAGCAUACCGACAGGGGAACAACAUGCAGGGAUAUCAUAUGAACUCACUCAAUGGCCGUCCACCUACUUUCCAGACGCGUGCAUCCAGUAGACAUUUUGGAGUCCCUGGUCGUGGGAAAAGAAACCAGAAACUAGUGAGUGCAAAGAAACUACAGUGCAGUGGUUGCUGGCAGGAGGCAUAUGUGCAGGCAUCAGUAUGA